AUGUUCCAAUUUAUUUUUCAGCUUAUUCAACACGAUAUAUCACCUCAAAUUGAUCAAAAACUACUUGACAACUGUCGGCUGGCUUCUUUGUUUCUCUAUCACUUCAAUAUGAAUUCUUUUCGAAUAUGGCGAAAACCAAUGGAGAUUCGAGAUACGAACAUGAUGAACACCUCCUCAACAACUGUCCCAAAUCAACAGUAUCAUCAGAUUCCAAUUCAAAUUCAAAGUCAAAAUGUGAAUCCAAUGAACUCUUAUCCGGCUCAAUCACUCCAACAACAACCUCAACAACAAAUUCAUUCAACUGAUCAUGUAACAACUCACAACGGUACAACUACAUUUCAUUCGACGAAUCCGCAAAAACCAAGACUAUGUGAAGGUUCUCCUGGAUGUUCAUUGGUCGAAGCUUCAGAACAGAGGAAACGGGAAAUGGCAGAGCAGAAAAAGGAGUUGACUGGCACUUCUCCCGGUGAAGAUUAUUUUGUCAGAAAGACAAAUGGCAGACUUGGACUCACUAUUUACGCUCACAACGAUGAUGGGGUCAUCAGGGCUGAGGUGCGUGGAGUCACUUCAUUUGCUCCACGAUGUGCUCAAGUGGGAGAUUCAGUGAUUGCUGUUGAUAGUGAACUGAUUUCAUCUGUUCGAAAUGCAUCAGAUGUCGAAAAGCUAUUAAGAAUCGGAAAAGUUAUCCAUCUUCGACGAAAGACACCAUUACCACUCAAAGCUCCUACUCAACUCGACGCAACAAAUGUCAAUAAGAAAACGGGCUGUGCAAAGCUGGCAAUGGCUUUGCAAGAAUUAUUGGUCACUGAAAAGAAAUAUGUCGCUGAUUUGAGAGAGAUGAAUGAAGUGUUCCUGUGCAUGAGACAAGUUAGGGAUAUCAUGCAUGCGGCUAUUCGAUUGUAUAAAAUGCAGACUUCGUUUUUGGAUAGUAUAGAAGAAGCAAUCGGAGAUAUGAGUCGGCAGGAUAUUUCGGUAGCUCAGAUAAGAGAUUCUGUAAUGAGAGUGUGUGCUGUCUUCAUCAACAAGUGUGCAGAUUUCAAAAUCUACGCUGAAUAUGCGGCCGGAUAUCAUCUUCUUCAGCAUGAAAUUAAAAAUAAAAAAGAGUUAUUAUCAAAAUUGGAAGCAGUGAACAGCACUCGGGAACAGCAUUGCUCAUGGGAGUCGCGGAUGAUCAAGCCUGUUCAAAGAAUUGUUCAGUACCCUCUCCUUCUGAAAAACAUUUCCGAUGCACUUCCGAAAGAUGCGAGAGAAAGGAUUCAAGUGGAGACAGCGUUACAGAAGAUGCAGACAUCAGCAGAAUAUGUGAAUGAAAUGCAACGUCUUAAUGAAGAUUACGCGCAGUAUAUGGAGACUGUAAGGAAGGCGAAUGAGAAUAUGUUGACUGAAAAGGGACUCCGAUUGGACACUCGCGAACUUCUCGUUUUUGCUCAUAUCAAAUGGAGAGAUGCUCCUGCUGAGCACUACGUCGUUUUCGUUUUCCAUUCUCUCAUUCUUCUGUUGCCUUCUUAUGCAAGAAAAGAAAUAAAGAUGAAAUGGACUCGAGUGCUUCCAAUCAAUGAAAUUGAUAUCAACGAAAUGCCAAAUGAUUCUGUGAAUCUCAAGCUAUACCAUGCAGCGUUUGAAGGGCCAAAUGGACAAUUGAGUCAUUCUAAUCCAAAUACAGUGUACAACAUCGAAUGCUGCCAAUCACAGCUGAAACAACACCUUAUCAAAAAUAUCAAAAAAGCAAGAACAAUAUUUUCAAAAGAAUCUCAUCGACCGCUUAGUGGAUCCAGUCAAUCUGAUGGUGGAUACGUGUCAGAAGUCUCUAAGGAUCACCGUAAUUCUAAAUAG